GGGAGGCGUGGAGCCGGGCCGCAUGAGGAAGUGUAGAGCUGGGGGUACAGGGGGAGAGAGACGGCAGGAAGGAAGAAAACAAGCGCUGGAGUCUGUAGCGAGCGACACCAGGCGAGAAGGUUUUUUAUGUGUUAAAUCGCAAAAUCGGCAACGCGGAGGCACUGGCUAUCUCGGACCACUCUCCCUGAGAGCAACAUAGGUGUGCUGAGUGGAGCAGAGAGAGGGCCUGAGCGAUGCCUGCGCUGCAGGGGUAGAAGAGAGGAGGAGGGGGGCGGGAGAGGAAGGCGAUCCCAGGCCAGGCGGACGGACAUGAAGCUGAAGCAGCGCGUGGUGGUGCUGGGCGCGGUGCUGCUCCUGCUGGGGCUGGCCAAGGUCUUCCUGCUGGACGGCGGGGAGGGGUCGGCCACCAGCCGCCGCGACCUGCGCGCCUUCCGCCGCAUGGAGGCGGGGCUGCGGCUGGCGCGGGGGGCCAAGCUCACGCACACCCUGCAGUCGCCCUGGGAGGUGGCCGCGCAGUGGGUGGGGCCGCGGGAGGUCUACCCCGAGGAGACGCCCGAGCUGGCGGCCGUGCUCGGCGCCAUGGCCACCGCCCGUGUGGAGCGCGCCGAUGUCGGGUACAAGGGCACCCAGCUGAAGGCGCUGCUGGUGCUGGAGGGCGGGCAGAAGGUCGUCUUCAAGCCCAAAAGGUACGGUCGUGACUAUGUGGUAGAGGGGGAACCCUAUGCUGGGUAUGACCGACACAAUGCUGAGGUGGCUGCCUUUCACCUGGACAGGAUCCUAGGCUUCCGGAGGGCGCCCCUAGUGGUGGGCAGGUUUCUGAACCUGCGGACGGAGGUCAAGCCAGUGGCCACGGAGCAGCUGCUCAGCACCUUCCUCACGCAGGGAAACAACACGUGCUUCUACGGGAAGUGCUACUACUGCCGCGAGAGCGAGCCGGCGUGCGCCCAGGGCGAGGUGAUGGAGGGCUCGGUCACGCUCUGGCUGCCGGACGUGUGGCCGCUGCAGAAACACCGGCACCCCUGGGGCCGCACCUACCGGGAGGGCAAGCUGGCACGGUGGGAGUAUGACGAGAGCUACUGCGAGGCGGUGAAGAAGAUGGCGCCUUACGAUGCCGGCCCGCGGCUGCUGGAUGUCAUCGACACGGCCAUCUUCGACUACCUCAUCGGAAACGCCGACCGCCAUCACUACGAGAGUUUCCAGGAUGACGGUGGAGCCAGCAUGCUCAUCUUGCUGGACAAUGCCAAGAGCUUCGGGAACCCUGCCCUGGACGAGAGGAGUAUUCUGGCUCCACUGUAUCAGUGCUGCACGGUCCGUGUGUCCACUUGGAACAGGCUGAACCUCCUGCGGAACGGGGCUCUGAGCGCGGCCCUGCGCACGGCCACCGCUCACGACCCCCUGUACCCCGCGCUGGCCGAGGCGCACGUGACCGCGCUGGACCGCCGGCUGGAGAGCAUCCUCGCGACGGUGCGGCAGUGCAUCGAGACGCAGGGCGCCGAGAACGCGCUCAUCGAGGACCGCAUGAACCUGCCGCACCCCUAGGGACCGGGAGAGGGGCCUGGGGGGGGGGGGCAGGGGAAGGAGCAGCCGCUGUCCUGGGACGCUGUAGCCCCUGCCUUUUGGGCCUCCCCACCCCAUCCGGUUUAGAGCAGUGGGGCGCAGGGGUUACCUUCAUGCUGCUGGACCUGCUUGGAAUUUCCCUGCUUCAAAGGUCAGCAUCGCUGGAUCCACAGCGGGAGCCUCCAUACUGUUAAGUGACAUUUCGAGUGUCUACGCCAGUGGUGGGCGUGAGGCGCUGGGGUUGCCGGGCGUCGCUGGACACGAAGCAGAGGAGGAGCGCGGUCUCCUUGCCCACCGGUCUCGGGAUUCUGUCUGGGGAAGCCGUCGCCGAACUUGCCUCGGGCAGGACUGUGGAUCGAGCUGCCGGCUGUAGCGGGGGGCCUGCGGUGCUUUGGAGCCCUGGCUCACUAAGGGACAGCGAACUGUGCACACUAAAACGGCUCUUUCCAAAAGCGCGCGAAAGAGGACUGGGGCCGGAGGGUGGGGUUUGUCUUACUGCGUGAAUAAACCUCAAGCGCUGCGGCCAACGCAGCCUGGAGUCGAAACCUGCCCUGAGCAAAAGUGUAUAGACAAUGUGUUAAUAAUGUUGAAAAUAAUUCUGGGAAUUGUCAUUAUAAUAUUAUGUAAAAGAACUGAGGAUUCAGAGUUUAGGUGUGCUGUAUAGCUGGGGGGUGUUUAUCUGGACUGGGACGCUGCUGGAAUCCAGGAAGGGUUGUACUGGGGGUGGGGGGGUAAUUGUGGAGAUGAUUUUACAUUAAAAAAUGAGGUUUAGCUGCUUUUAUU